AUGGCGUCCCGGUGCACCGAGCAAGCCGUGCAGGAGUUCCUGCUGGAGCGAGGAGGGAGGGUCCAACAGAUGGAGCUGAUCGAUCAUUUCCUAUCACUGUGGGAGGAAAACGAGCAGUCAAAGGAAGGGGUGGAUCGCGAGGUGCUGAAACGCAUCGUUGACAGCGUGGGGUUCGUGAAGGUGGAAGACGGCGUGAAAUUCGUGUGCCUGAACAGUGAAGGCAGCGCGGGGUCGGUGAUGCGUUCGGACGCAGACGGCCACGAUCACGCGGAGUGCAAUGGCAACAUCCAGGAGAGGCUGGACAACAAUUAUGUCAACGGCAACCCUGAAAACACAGAGCGAACAGGAGCACAAAGUCCACAGUCUGCCAGCCUGGACAACGACAAGCAGUCAAAUGGCAACGAGCAACCUGCAGCCCCCUCCCAGAGCAAGACCUCCACCCCUGUUGGUGGAGGAGAGGUGAAGCUGAGGGACAGGAGGAGGCGAGAGUCGGCCCCAGUUAUUGGGAUUCCAGAUCUGGACGUGGCCCACUGUGGAGGGUCCAACAACCAGCAGGUGAGAGGAGCACGCAGGGUGUCCAAAGGGUCCCAGCGGGCCAUGCUGACCAGCUGCCUCUCUGAAGACAGCGCGCUGGAGGGGCUGGAAGCUAUCGGAGAUAUCAACACACCCAAAGGAAGCCGCAGGAACUUCAUAGAGCUGAUGAUGAGUAGUUCUCCUCAGGUUCGUAGGUCUAUGAUCAACCGCGGCUCACGUCUCCGGGACUCGGUGAGGAGCGAUGGCGACUCAGCGUCCCUCCUCUCCUCAGCCACCGAUGAGGACUGCGCCUCGGUGACCCUGGACCCACUCGAGCACGAGUGGAUGCUGUGCGCCUCAGACGGUCUGUGGGAAAGCCUGCAGCCCCUGUUGGCCGUCGAGCCGAGCCUGGUGACCAAGAGAGACUUUGUGACGGGUUUUACCUGCCUCCACUGGGCAGCUAAGCAGGGCAAAGCUGAGCUGCUCUCCCAGCUGCUGGCCUUUGCCAAGGAGAACACUAUACCUGUGAAUGUAAACGUGAGAUCAAGUGCUGGAUACACACCGCUACACCUGGCUGCCAUGCAUGGACACACACAGGUGGUCCGUGUGCUGCUGUCAGACUGGGAGGCAGACCCCGAAGCUCGAGAUUACAGCGGCAGACGAGCCAUCCAGUACCUUCCCCCUCCGCUGGCCGCCGGCCUGCAGGAGGAGGGAGUGGUCACCUCACCGGGAGCCGAGUCGGACAGCGAAAACACUAACGGCAGCAGUGGCGGAGGGCGUGGCUGGAGGUUUCCCAGAGUCCUCCAGGGCAACCUGAACCCGCUGCGGCUGCUGAACCCACCGGCGGAGGCGGCAGAGGAGGCGGCGGGGACGGGGAAGACUAAGGGGGGCAUGCAGAGGAAGACGUCCCUGAGCCGACUGAACGCCCGGCUGCAUCGAGCCACGCGCCACCGAGCCCAGAUCAUCCACAGCGCCUCCUUCAGGGACACGGGCGAGGUGGGAAGAGGAGAGGAGCUACCCAGCAGUCCUCUCCGAACCAGGCCGCUGUCCAACCUGUUUGGAUAA